GAGAGAUGUUGGAAAAUGAAUACGCAGGUAGCUACAAAGGCAGGACUGAACCAGGCUUGGGUUCUUCCCUGAUUCUUCCACAGCUUUCCAAUACAAAUCAAUUAAUAAAAGCUUGUUUCCUCAUUCACAAAACAGCAAUUGGUCUUACAGAGAGGUGUGAGGCUAGCGCUGAGUCAGAGCUGGUGGAGAUCAGUGGGAUGGUGCUGCUGGAAGCUUCACCCACUGCAUUGCCCAACCUCCCCAGGGUCACAGCAGUACAUUCAGUGUGAGGUGCAACUUUGGUGAGGCCCCUUCAGGCAGAGCUGCGACAGAGGGACAUUAAAAUCCCUCUAAUUGGAUACUGUGCAAUGAGUGGAGCAGGAGGAAGUACCUUGAGCUGGCUUUCCUCUUGCAGUGUGCUCUAUCAUAAACCACUAUGGUUAAUGCCUUUUAUUUUCCGAGAAGUUCACAUAGCAGAAGCUCUGCCCACUGUUCUGGUGCCAUUGACCACAGGACUCUUACCAUCAGGCACUGUGUGUGAUCUGUGCUGGCCUUGUCCCUCUGGAGUAAGCUGGAUGGACCCGUGCCUGUGAUUUUCACUCUUCAUCUACAAGAAGAAACUUUCCUGACCAUAGCUGGUACUUCAGUGGUACAGACUGGACAACAAAGGCACAGUGAGUGUAAGGCAAGCAAUGCUGGUGAUUUGCAGCGUCAUUAGCUUUCAUCCUCCUCCCCCAUCGUCCCUUCUGACUUCCUUUUUUCUUCUUCUCUCCCUUUCUUAUCUCAAAGCAUAGCUGAGUAGUUUCCUCUUUUCUCACAGAUUGGCUCCUGGAAUAUGGCUUGCUCUCCCAUAGGAUAAAGGAAGGCUUCAGCCCAGGUGGGUUUCUGCAGAGGCAAGGCCUGAAUUGAAUGAGUGCUCUCAGACCAGGAGAAGAGGUGUGAAGGCUUUUGUCUGCACAGCCCAGGUUGGUCCACAUCAUGCAGGAUAAUUUAUAUUGUCAGAUUUUGUUAUUACUGUUCUGAGGGGAGGGCGUGCUUCUCAUCAACACAGAAAUGCUUUUCUGCUGCUGAUCUGCUGGGGUUGCUUUGAUGUCAGGCAGAGCAAGGUGGGCUUUUUGGUGUUAUUACUGACCUGUUAGUCCCAUGUCAGUUCAGUUCACUUUUGGAGUCCUGUCCCAUGCAGGAGUGGAGAAAUGGGCUCUUGGGGAAAUGCAGUAAGAUAUGUGUGGAAUCUCAGCCCCUGUAUAGUCAGAACUCUUCCCCUUCUGACCCCAAUUAAACAAAACAGCUGAAAACAUGAAUGCUGAGGUUACUGGCAGGUACUGACAAUGACACAGCUACUGCAGCCAGUUCAUAUGUGUGACGUGAGCAUAGUAAUUAACGAGCAGGAUUUCAGGAGCUGAAGCUGUGCUGGGGCUGCACAGAUGAGAAUCAUGAGGUGGCCAUGAGAGGCAGCGGAAUUAAUGGAAUUAAAUUCAACAUUGUUGACUUGAUUUCAACACCACCACCACCACCCACACUUCCCCUGGGCUUUGAGUCUGCGUUUUUUGUUUCCUGCCUUUGCUUUUUAAGGGAGGGCGAAGCAGCUCACUGAUACUUCUCACUUACCACCAUGCUGGAAGAAGAUAAUGAUGAGACGUGUUGGAAUAGCCUGGAAAACUUCCGAGUGAAGCUGAUCUCUGUGAUAGAUCCUUCCCGAAUAACACCUUAUCUUCGCCAGUGCCAGGUGAUAAACCAUGAUGAUGAGGAACAGGUUCUCAAUGACCCCAGCCUGGUCAUGCGCAAACGUAAAGCAGGUGUUCUUCUGGACAUUCUUCAGCGAACGGGGCACAAAGGAUUUGAAGCAUUCAUGGAGAGUCUCGAGCUUUAUUACCCACAACUGUAUAAGAAAAUAACUGGGAAGGAGCCGAGCAGAGUUUUCUCUCUGAUUAUAGACACAGCUGGGGAGUCAGGCCUGAGCCAGCUCCUGAUGAAUGAAAUUACAAAGCUGCAGAGAACAGUGCAGGAGGAGCGGCAGAAGGCCCAGGAGCUCACCGUGUGGCUGCACACCAAAGAGAACAUGAUCAGAGAGAUGUGGGUGAGGGACAGCCUGCUCCGCAAGCACCAAGAGCGGGUGCAGAAGAUGAAGGAGGAGAGGGACAGUCUAAGCAAGGAGCUGCGGAAGUGCAAGGAUGAGAACUAUAACCUGGCAAUGAGCUAUGCCAGACAGAGCGAGGAGAAGAGCAGUGCCCUCAUGAAGAACAGGGACCUGCUCCUAGAGAUUGACAGCUUGAAGCAUAGCCUCAUGAAGGCUGAGGAUGACUGCAAACUAGAGCGUAAACACUCAAUGAAACUGAAGCACGCCAUAGAACAGCGUCCGAGCCAUGAAGUGAUGUGGGAGAUCCAGCAGGAGAAGGAGUUGCUUUUGGCCAAGAAUCAGGAGCUGGAGAACACUCUCCAGGUUGCCAGAGAACAGAAUUUGGAGAAGAAUCUCUCCCGUGAGACUGUGCAGAAUGACUGCAGCCAGAUACUGGAGCGCAGGGACCUGCUGAACACCCUGUACCACCUCCGCAAGGAGCUGCGCCAAGCCGAGGUGCUCCGAGACAAAUAUGCAGAGGAAAAAGAGAUACUUGAACUACAGUGCAUGUCUCUGAGGAAGGACUCCCAGAUGUAUAGAAAACGGAUGGAUGCUGUCUUACAGCAGAUGGAGGAAGUGGCUUCAGAAAGAGACCAGGCACUGCUGACCAGAGAACAGUUCUACAUGCAGUACUCAAAGAACCUGAUUGAGAGGGAUGCUUAUCGGAAGCAGAUUCGGGAGCUGGGGGAGCGAUGCGAUGAGCUGCAGCUGCAACUCUUCCAAAAGGAGAGUCAGCUACUGGCUACUGAAACCAAGCUGAAAAGGCUGCAACUGGAGCUGCCUGCACUGACUUCUGACCUGGAUGACACCUCCUCCAGAGAUUCCCAGGAUCUUACUCUUCAUGCUCACCUAGAUGAAGAUACACACCUGACUGAAAAAGAAUGCUGCAAAGGCGAAAACCAGCAGUUCAGCAAUGGAGAAAGCAAUCUGCCUGCAGAGUUGCCCACUUUCGAGGAGUGCAGCUCUGCCCACGAGGAGCUGUCUGAGAAGGAGAGGAGGAGGAUGAAGGAUUGCUUUGAGCGUUACCGCAGGAAGCGCGCCCUCCGCAGAGCCCCCGCAGGCCGCCGCCAUGAAGCCGACUGGGAGCCCAGCACCGGCAGCGACAACACGGACACGGAGGGCAGCUAGAGCUGGGCCGAACGUCCCGUUACCGGCCCCGUCAAUAAACACUGAGCGCUCA